AUGCCGUGGCCAGAAAACCCCGAUACCAGUACGAACCAGCCCGAUGUCGCGCCGCAGGUUUCACCACAAGCUGCUGCUGCCGCCGGCGGCUCGUUGCAGCCUGACCAGCCGGGCGAGCAGUCGACAGAGUCGCCACAGGAACAGCAGUCACACAAUGGAUCCAUACCGGCGGGUAUCCUGGAAGGGAAACAGAAUGCGAGAGCUAUAUUAGGAGCUUCAGAGCUGCCAGACGGUCCAUCACAACCCGCAGACAACGACGAUGCUGUCAAACCUAGCUCCGCCUCCCCUCUAUCGGACACCGGGGUCACAAACGGGAACGGAGUAAGUCGAAAGCGGUCACGCUCCGGUUCGAUCAUACGCUCUGCAUCUCCCACGGCAGAAAAGGAUGGCCUGCCGCGCGAGACUCCUCUAGACAAGGUCCUUCUUGAAGAGUAUCUCUAUCGGGAAUGGGGCCACUCCGCGCUUGCGGCCACAAAAAAUACCCACCAGGAAACGCUCCGACAAAAGUUCCAGGAGAGAGAGUACUAUCUCGCGGUUAAUCAAGAGAGGCAGAUGAACCCCGCUGCCAUCUUCGGGCCUGGCUAUGAAGGCUACGGCAACGCCAGGACAGAUCUCAGGUCGCAACAUCCACAACUUCUCUACCCUUCAAACAGAAGGCGGCCGGGCGGGAGGAAGGCCAAGGAGCUGCGGAUACCACGAGAAGAUAUGCUCACUCAAUCCGAUCAGGACGAGAACCUGGUUCCAAUUCGAUUAGAUAUCGACUGGGACAAGGUUAAAGUGCGGGAUACCUUUACGUGGAACCUUCACGAUCGUGUUACUCCUGUAGAGGUCUUUGCCGAGAAGCUGGUAGAAGAUUUGGGCCUCCCGCUCGAGUCGUGUGGCCCCCUAGUACGGCAAGUCACGCAGAGCAUUCAUGAACAGUUAGCGGACUUUUAUCCUCAGGUCUUUAUUGAAGAGGAGCCUCUCGACCCCCAUCUACCAUAUUCUGCCUACAAAAACGACGAAAUGAGAGUCUUGAUAAAGCUGAACAUCACCAUCGGACAACACACGCUGGUAGAUCAAUUCGAAUGGGAACUAAACGAUCCGCACAACUCGCCCGAGGGAUUCGCAAUUCAAAUGUCCCAGGAUUUGUCUUUACCUGGGGAGUUUACUACUGCAAUCGCACAUUCCAUUCGGGAGCAGGUACAAUUAUUUACCAAGAGUCUAUACGUUGUAGCCCAUCCCUUUGACGGACGACCUAUCGAUGACCCAGAGCUAAAAGACGCCUUCCAACCAUCUCCCAUCCCAUCUUCAUUCCGUCCCUUUAAUAUCGCCAAGGAAUACACCCCAUACCUCUACGAACUUAAUGAAGCCGAGCUCGACCGGACAGAAGUCUCUAUUUCUCGUGAACAGCGACGACAGAAGCGUGUCAACCGACGAGGCGGGCCAAUACUUCCUGAUCUCAAAGACCGUCAACGAACAAUUCGGACCAUGGUCGUGUCAUCUGUUAUACCUGGAUCUGCUCAGUCGAUAGAAGAGAGUCGACUCUUUAAACGAUCGAGUACCGGUCGUCGUGGACGGACCUCAACUGGUCAUCGUGAUGGUCUGGAUGACUCGGAUUCUUCUGACAGUGAAGAGUCUUCUAUUGGAUCUCCGGCCGUCUCUCGCCUCAGUCAGGGCACUGCCAGAACAAGGGGCAUGAGGCAAGCUUCAUCCAUGGCUCAGACAGCCAUACGAGGACAAAUGGGUCGCUCUGCUACCCCCGAGACAAGCACAGUACACGCCCACGAGACGAGAACGUCCGCUAGACGCCGGGACUACCGAGAGGAAAGCUCGGAGGCACCAGAAACCCUCAUUGUCAAGUUGAAAAUAAACCCAGAUAAAUUCCGGCGGUUUAUGCGAGACUUGAAGUCUGGCUCAAGACAAUAUACUGCCUCUCCUGGCGGGCCAUCGACCACUCCUACAGGAAAGGGUGGAUCUAGCGCUCGCGGAUCUAUGGGACCUCCUCCGUCUCAAGGCCAGCCUGGCUCGGCUACCAAGAAGCCAGUCAACCCUCCCCAAUUCCAUGGUGUUAUCGACGCACCACAUCCAUUACCACCAGGGACCCAACCUCCUCCUCCUCCACAGUGGCUCACUCAUGGCCUUGUUGGCCUAAAACGCCAGUACCCCAACGACUCCUUCGAAGGAACUAUGCGCUAUACCGCCGUGGAUCCAACCACCAAUCUACCCAUCCCCAAUGCCGCACAGUCACACCCUGGCCAGAAAUUACCGUACAAAUACUUCCCUCGAAUCCGAUGUAACGACUGUCCUGGCAAACUCUACACUCCCGGACCCGCGAUGACGGUUGAAAACUUCGAAGUCCAUCUCAAAAACAGAAACCACAAGGAGGCCGUUGCAGCACGAGUUGGCCGAGAAUCCAGAGGGAACUCCACUGCCAGCAGCAGUACUAGACGCGGGACAGCCAAUGCUGAAACAAGAGAAAACGAUUCUUCAGCAGGCGCAGAUGACUCUGCAACAAACGAUUCCAUAGCUGGUGCUGCAUAA